AUGAAGAAACUCAUGGGCGCACUUCGCUACCUGUAUCGCAACGUGAGCACGGACGGGCGGGUCUCUGAUCUCAAAGCGAUGUUGAAGAAGUCUCCCCGCAAGGCGAAAGCCGACCCAGACAACGUGGAAGGCGAGAACAGCGAGGCUGAGGGCGAGCCAGGUGAGGAGGGCGAGACCGGCGAGCCUGGUGAGGAGGGCGAGCCCAGCGAGGAGUGCGAGCCGAGUGAGACGGGCGAGCAGGGCGAGCCUAGCGAGAAGGAGGGCGAGCCUAGCGAGAAGGAGGGCGAGCCUGGUGAGGAGGGCGAGCCAAGUGAGGUGGGCGAGACUGCGAAGGGCGAGCCUAGUGAGGAGGGCGAGCCUAGUGAGGAGGGCGAGCCUAGUGAGGAGGGCGAGCCUAGCGAGAAGGAGGGCGAGCCUAGCGAGAAGGAGGGCGAGCCUUGUGAGGAGGGCAAGCCUAGCGAGAAGGAGGGCGAGCCUAGUGAGGAGGGCGAGCCUAGUGAGGAGGGCGAGCCUAGUGAGAAGGAGGGCGAGCCUGGUGAGGAGGGCGAGCCUAGCGAGGAGGAGGGCGAGCCUAGCGAGGAGGGCGAGACUGCGAAGGAGGGCGAGCCUAGCGAGGAGGGCGGCGAGACCGCGAAGGACGGCGAGACCGUUGAGGAAGACAAGGAUGCAGAUUUCGAGGGCGUGGCGAGCUCCGACAAGGGUGAGGCGGAGAUGGAGGAGCUACAGGGCCUAGGGGGCCAAAUCUCCCAACGUUCUUACUGGCAACGGUUUGUUGUCAGACGAUCUACAAGCAGGGGCAUCUUGCAAGCAGCUUGCAAGUCUAGCCCUGACACAUGGCCCAGCCCUGCGACACAGCUCAAGCUGCACCGGUUUUGGAAGGCUUUCAGGUCAGGCUCCAAAAAGCAAACCCUGAAGGACGUGGGCGACUACGAGGAGGAGGAUGACGCUACUUUUACCAGCAAGAGCGCGUCUCCUACCAGGUCUGACGAGAGCGACCCCGAGCCAGACAGCGCCUGCCCGUUGACCAAAGAGGCCAGCAACUUCCCGCUGUUCGGCUCGAGCACUGAAGAGCCAGCCUGGUGGAUGUUGGCCGUGUCGCUCGACAAGGAGGCUGAGAGCCAAAGCGUCUUGUCAGGCAAAAGCGCUGCUUGCCGGGAGUUUGGAGAGAUCAUGCAGGUGGAGUCAGAGAAGGCCCUCUUCACCGCUGCAACCAAAGAGCCUUGCCCCGACCUUCUCUCUUUGACCACGCCUGACUCCAGAAAGCCGAACUUCUACGGGACCCCCGUGGUGCCUACGCCGACGAAGCUGCCUAUGAAGGACAAGCAGAAGCGCAAGAAGAAGAGCGCUCCUGGAGAAGCAAGUGGCAAAGCUUCUUUUCGAAGGCCGGGCAAGAAGGCAAAGCUGGCGAAGCACAAGGCAGAGGACGCAAGCGAGGACAACGGCGACGAGAGCAAGGACGCUUUGACCGACGACUCCGACGACCAGUUCGAGAAGAAGCGGAGCAAGGGCAAGAUCGGCGGCGACCUCAAGGGCAAGACCGGCGACAAGGGCAAGAUCGGCGGCGACCUCAAGGGCAAGAUCGGCGGCGACCUCAAGGGCAAGACCGGCGACAAGGGCAAGAUCGGCGGCGACCUCAAGGGCAAGACCGGCGACAAGGGCAAGAUCGGCGGCGACCUCAAGGGCAAGACCGGCGACAAGGGCAAGACCGGCGGCAACCUCAAGGGCAAGAUCGGCGGCGACCUCAAGGGCACGAUCGGCGGCGACAAGGGCACGACCGGCGGCGACCUCAAGGGCACGAUCGGCGGCGACAUGGACGAGCGCGAAGAGUUGCGUUACGGCGCGCACAGCCUGGCGGGGCUGCCGCCAGACGCGUUGCCGGACCGUUCCCGACCCAACCUUGGCCACCACAGCUAUACCAUUUGCAAAGGAACUGCAAAGAUAGAAGUGCUUCUCCGAAGCAACGCCUACUACGUCAAGAGCAUCGGCGAGAAGGGACAAGGACCAACUGGACAAAUCUCCUUCGCCAAGAACAACGGCCCAAUAGCGGCCUUUGAGCUGGCCAAGCACCGAGUUGUUGCUGUCUUGGCGUCGCUGGUCUUCGCCUUGCCGGCCUUGCAAUGGAGCGAGCCCACAGCUCACUGCGAGCUGUUCAGUGGUAAAAUGGCGGUGACAUUCGCUGAGAUGGAGGAACAGCGGGCGUGCGUUGCUUAUGACAUCGAGUACGAUGGGAACUAUAUGAACAUGUUGUCAAGCGAGGGCUACGCCCAUGCCUUGUACCAGGUGCUCAACCUGGCUCCUGGUACUGGGCUGUUGCGAAUCAAGGGCUCCAAGUUCCUCAAGGGCAGCCAGGCCUACACAGUGCAGUUUGGGCGUGCCCUGGCACGCUUGAGAUCCCGGCACAAGAAGGAGGUUGUAGCUGAUGCCCGAAGAUUCCUGCGGAUGGCAAGCAAGGCAAGCUGCAAGAUGCCACGCCUGGUGCUGAAGCACGCGGUGAAGCCAGCCAAGCCAGGUGACCGUGCAUCAGCCUUGCGUUCCACCCUGCAGCCUCCGAAACCCGCAAAGCGGGUCACCUACAAGAAGCCUGACUUUGUCUACGAAACCCCUCCGACCAAACCCGGCAUGAAGUCGCCUCAGCUGGGCUGGUCUUCAAGCCAAAGCGGCAGCAGCAGCGGGACAUUCCGGAGCAAGGAGAAGCAGCAGCCGGAAAAGGCGAUGCAGCAGGCCGGAAAAACUCAGCAGGAGCAGCGCGGCAGCAAGCGUCUGGCAGUGGAGAAGGACAGCAAAGACAAAGAGCAGCAGCGUAAGGAGAAGCAGCAAAAGCAAAACCACGAGGAGAAGAAAAAGACGGAGGAGAAGCCGAAGCGAGAUGAGAAGCGCGAGGAGAAGCAGAAGACGGAGGAGAAGCCGAAGCGAGAGGAGAAGCCGAAGCAGGAAGAGAAGCAGAAGCGCGAGGAGAAGCCGAAGCGAGAGGAGAAGCCGAAGCAGGACGAGAAGGAAAUGCAGAAGCGCGAGGAGAAGCAGAAGCGCGAGGAGAAGCAAAAGCAGGAGGAGAAGCAGAAGCGCGAGGAGAAGCAGAAGCGCGAGGAGAAGCAAAAGCAGGAGGAGAAGCGCAAGACGGAGGAGAAGCCGAAGCGAGAGGAGAAGAAGAAGACGGAGGAGAAGCCGAAGCCAGAGGAGAAGCCAAAGCAGGAGGAGAAGCCAAAGCAGGAGGAGAAGCAGAAGCGCGAGGAGAAGAAGGAGGAGAAGCAGAAGCGCGAGGAGAAGCAGAAGACUGAGGAGAAGCCGAAGCGAGUGGAGAAGCCAAAGCAGGAGGAGAAGCAGAAGCGAGAGGAGAAGCCGGAGCAGGAGGAGAAGCAAGUGCAGGAAGAGAAGCAGAAGCAGAAGCGCGAGGAAAAGCGCGAGGAAACGCAGAAGCGCGAGAAGCAGACGCAGGAGAAGCAGACGCAGGAGAAGCAGAAGCAGGAAGAGAAGCAGAAGCGCGAGGCGAAGCAGAAGCAGGAGGAGAAGCGAAAGCACGAGGAGAAGCAGAAGCGCGAGGAGACGGCUGCAAAGAAGCGACGAGGCAGCGCAGCAGAGCGUAAGGGUCAGGAAGCUGUGAGCCAGCAAGGCGGCAGGAAGCGCAAGGCCGCGGAGGUUGAGGGUCAGCGCAGCAAAGGCAGCAAUGAGGAGCAGCAGAAGGGGCAGAAAGAGCCUGAGGACAAGAAGAAGAAGAAUGAGAAGAAGGAGGAGGAGGAGGAAGACUCUUACAAGGAAAUGGUUGCGCGAGAUGAUGAGGAGGACGAAGAGAAGGAGAAUGAUGAUGACGCGACAGAUAACCUGAGCGACAUUGAUGCGCUCUUAGAGUCGGCCACGGAGGAGUCGGCAGCGGAGGAGUCAGACUCCGAGGAGUCGGCAGCAGAGGAGUCGGCAGCAGAGGAGUCGGCAGCAGAGGAGCCGGCAGCAGAGGAGCCGGCAGCAGAGGAGAUUUACUAUUUCGUGGGGGCAGGCAAGCAGUUCACGAAGGACGAUCUCACCGGCGAGAAGAUGUCCCUGAAAGGAACUGUCAACAACCCGGACGCGGGCCUUGUCUCCGCGCUCACCGGCGAAGGCGGCGUGCUUGCUGCAGGCAUCAUUCCUGAGAUGGGCGUGGCUGACCCCAAGGCUUUCGCGGAAGUGGAAAAGGCAGAGGAGGUGGGGCCCACUUUGGUGAAGGAGAAUCCUGAAUUGAAAGCCGAAGAGGCCAUGGCUGAGAUCCUACGCAUCGCCAGUGAGGCAAGGAAAAUGUCUUUAUCACUCCGCAACGUCCAGUACGGGGAUGCUCUGCAGGAUCUCGUGAGCCGUGGCGUCUCGGAGGAGGACAAGUACACCAAAAUGCUGUCCAUCGCUAAUGCGAAGAUGGAGUGGUUCACCAAAGCUCAGGCAGCGGCCCGCGGAUUGCUCAGCGGCCUUUCGAAGAAGAAGAAGGCGGGCGCCAAGAGCAAGCGCGCAGCGGCGAAGAGCAGCGCCUCAAAGGAGACGCCGCCGUCGGCCUGUAUGAUUGGAACUGGCAAGGCCAACGUCAGCACGCUAGUCUCUGUGGCUCAGGCGCAGGCUCAGGACGGUGAGCUCCCGGAGGCAGUGAAGGCUUUUGCCUCACUGGGAUGCUGGGGCAAGCGUCGCUCCAACGAAGUCAGCGACAAGCUCGAAACCGACACGGUGUCGAUUCCUACUCUUAUGCCGCACGAGAUCCUGCAUGCUUUGGAGCACGCGGGGCCGGAGCAGGUCUGGGACGUGAAGUUCCCCUGCGUCAUUCUUUCGCACGAGAGUAUGCGAACUGCGAAGGUAAAGAACGAUGUGCAUCGCCAAGUGGCCGAGCUCCUGGCCUGGUCGAUGAAGUGCGCGGCGUGCUUUCAUGAUUGGAUGCACGUGGUGUAUCUGGGUUUGGCCAAAGACCUAGUAGGAAGCCUUCUAGCAGAUUUUCUGGACUUCGGCAAGCUGGGUGAUGCGGGUGAACCGGUAGACGUGCAACUUCGAAGGUUUAGCUUUGAAAUGCGCUUGGCCUUCAAGACUGCCAGGAAAAAGCUCUGCAAGGAGGCGCUUGUUGCAUAUGGGCCCUUCAAAAGGCGAUUCAAGUGA